AUGCUCGCAAACAACCUUUCUUCCGAUGAUCCAACGUUGGAAAGGACUUAUCGUGGUCAUCAUGGAACGAUCACGGGACUUAGCUUCUGUCCCAGUAUGAAGAGAAUGGCAUCGGUAGCCAUGGAUUCAACAUUGUAUAUCUGGAAUUUCAAACCAAAUCUGAGAUCAUACAAAUAUCAGCAACAUGAAAAGGGUGGCGUUAUGUGCGUUGAAUUUUCCCCACUCACUGGAAAGUUGGUGGCUACAGGAGGAAGAGAUAAAACAAUUAGACUUUGGCAACCAACUAUUGAAGGCAAAUCCACUGUCAUUAGGGGCCACACAAAUACCGUUCGAAGUGUACACUUCUCAAUGGACGGAAAGCGGCUCCUGUCGUCAUCUGAUGAUAAAACUAUCAAGACUGUGAAAGUGUGGGAUGUUCGUUUGGCGAAAAAGCUUUUGCAACAUUUUACGGGUCAUGAAGACACAGUUAACCAAGUGAGCUACCAUCCAAGCGGUGAUUACAUUAUCAGUUGUAGCACAGAUCAAACCAUGAAAAUAUGGGACACUCGCGAAGGAAGGUUGUUUUAUACAAUAAGUGGACAUGUCAGCCCAACAACUGCUGUCACAUUUUCUCCUCUAGGUGAUUAUUUCGCAAGUGGAGGUGCAGAUAAUUUGUGUAUGGUUUGGAAAACUAAUUUUGACAAAUCUCUACCAAAUUACCUGUUCGAAAAUAACCUGUCUCCACCAUUUUCCAAUGUAAAUACCUACGCAGGAAUUGAAGAAGAUCAGAUGGCAGAACGAUUGUUUAUGGGAACUACUGGUCAUUCAGAAAGACCAAGCUCGGCUCCUGCACAACAACGGUCUGUUCCAAUAUCAAGCAGCAAACCAUCAAGUUCAACAACAGGCAAUCCUCAACCACCAGGAGCCACUUUCUCAAAAUUGCAAACAUUUAACUCUGCAAGUUCGUCCGUUCCUCUUCAACAACCACCUCAGAUUGCCCACAGACAACAACCUCAAAUACCAAGUGCCUCAAAUUUCCAGAGUGUUUACUUUCCGCCACCAAUUCAAACUGACAAUAUUCCGCCCUCACUUGCUAAUACUUUAGAACAUAUUUUAAGGCAACUGGAUAUUAUUACACAAACAGUGAAAGUGAUGGAGGAUCGACUUACUUUGACAGAACAUAAGCUCUGCAAAAUGGAAAUCAAUCAAAAGAAGAUAAUUCAAAUGGAGUUAGCAAACCAAAUUGCUCAUAUGAAUGUUCAGCAACAACAGCAACUCUAUCCACCUCAAUCACAACACAACAACUUCCAGCCAAGCUCUACAUCUUUCACCAAUACUAGAUUGCAAGAGACACCAAUACUUGGUCCAACUCCUUCGUUGACAUCAUCGCCCAACCUGUCCAACUCUUCACAUGCAUCAUCUCAACAUUCUUCACCGAAACCAGUCAUCACUAACGAACAUGAAGACUCACACGACGACAACACCAUCUCCAAGCCUAGGACUCCUUUAUCUAAUGUGAAUAACCUUGUGACAACACCCAUUCAGUUGUCAUCACCACUUUCUCUUCAAAAUGACAAGCAAUAA